GCUCAUGUGUUUUCUCCUUGAAGUGGGAGACCUUUAAAGUGGAAGCUGCAAGUGCCUUGGACACUUAAAUUUUUCUGCUUUCCCAUGACUUCCCAUUCCAGGCCAGCCUCCGCCACCCCGCUGCCGAACAUGUAGCUUACCCUGAUCUCCAAGCAUGGGUCUUCCUCUUUUUCCUUCAGGGAAGGCUGAAGCCAGGAUGUACCGUAGCAUUUACUAGACUCUCAAAGAUGUCAACUCAAGGCCAUGCUUGGGCCCGACAGGUGAAGAAGGACAAUGAGGAAGAGGACCCACUGGACCAGCUGAUUUCCCGCUCUGGCUGUGCUGCUUCCCACUAUGCAGUACAGGAGUGCAUGGCCCAAUACCAGGACUGGCGAAAGUGUCAGUCACAGGUACAGGCCUUCAGGGACUGCAUGAGUGAACAUCAGGCAAGGCGGCGAGAGGAGCUGCAGAGGAGAAAAGAGCAAGGCAGUGCCCACCACUGAAACCCCAAACCACCUAUCCUCAGAGGAUGGCCCUGCAGAAGCUAGCACCCAGAGAGAUCAUAAGAAGAAGUCCUGAACAGUGGAAGUAUGGCUGAGAGGUAUAAAACUUGGGGAUAGUCUUUGGCCAAGACUGACAUUGUGAGCCAGACAGCCUUGGGUUUGGACAUGACUGCUGUAAAGAGUUGUCAUAUUUUCAUGAUGCAAUCCCACACGUCCUCACCUAUCACAUUACACCAGUAUUAAAUAUUGACCGAUAUUUGCCAAGUAAAACAAAGAGUGGGGUUAAGGGAUGCUCUUCUACCCUACAUCUUGGGUGUGUGUGCCAGGUAUGGAGCCGGUUACAUGGAUGUUUAAUUUUAAAAUUAAAUUCAUAGUCUAAAUGUAAUUGAUUACCUAAUCUUCAUUUACUCCAUAAAGUAAUUGGUUCAACACAGCAAGUUUUUCUGAGGCCUUCCCAGGUACUGUGUGAAUGAAUAAUAUGAUCGGAUGUGAUGAAUAAUAGGCUCUCUUCUUUCAUGUUUCUUAGUCUGGUUUGAGAGAUAGAAAUAAAUAAAACAACAUUAGAACAACUAA